CCGGAAUUCGAAAGCUAUUCGUUCGCAUACAAACACGCAACACAGCCUCGUACUGCAACGUUGUCUCUACCACCUUUCUUUGUUUCUUUCCUAAUAUUAUAUAUCACACAAAAUGAACGAAUCCAAUUUAACGUUAUCCACUAGCCAGAAAUUGCAAACAUUCUUACUACUAUCGAAAUCCGUCAAAGGUGUUGCCAAUUCAAAACUAAUUCUCGAUACACUUGCUGCGCCUGGCAUUUACGUGUUUUCUGAACUCGCUGAAUCGCCCAAUGUCCUCGAGGCAUCACAAUCCCCUGAAGUCGCACCUUACUAUGCUCUUUUAAAGAUCUUUAUGUACGGCACUUAUAAAGAUUAUGUUGCUGAACAAGCCAAUUUACCCUCACUCAACGACGCGCAACAAACGAAGUUAAAGCACCUGUCCAUUGUAGCUCUUUCUGAAUCGAGCCGGACACUACCAUACCCACUACUGCAAGAAUAUCUUAAUAUUUCCAACGUACGUGCGCUCGAAGACCUGAUCAUUGACGCCUUCUAUCAAGGGAUCAUUGUCGGCAAACUCGAUCAGCGGCAGCAGCAGCUCCAGGUGGAAUACACAAUGGGACGCGAUGUACGACCGAAACAGCUCGAAGAAACAAUGGAGGCAUUGAGCGUGUGGUCCAACAAUACCAAGACAGUGCUGGAUGCUAUCGACAAUCGGAUCCGAGCAGCGCAUGAAAUGAUUGCAGCCAACCAGGCCGAACGUGAAGACUAUGACAGACAUGUGGAGCGAGUACGUCGACAAAUCCGUCAAAAAUCUUCCUCUUCUCCUAAUAGCGGUGGCAGUAGUAAUAAUAACAACAACAGCAGCAGGAUGGAUACGGAUGAAUCGGAUUCAGCAGGCAUGCUGCGAACGCGAGAACAAGGUGCGCAUGAUUCCAACAGCGAACAGCGCAGUGGAAGAGCCAAGAAGAGAGGUACCAAACGAUUUAUGGUGGGCCAUCCGUGACGCAGUGUAGGGAUGAUAUGCGCAAUAUAAAAGGAAAACGAAAUCAAGGAAAAAGAAACUUUCGUGGUAUCCCUUUUACAUGUCCAUUUCCUUUGAUCUGCUGCCUCUGUGUGUGUUGUACGUACAUAACUACCAAAAAAUAAAACUUUG